AUGAGAAAGGCCAAAACUUCUUCUUCAAGAAAAAAUCAUAUCCGCAUUGAACCUAAUGUUGGUAUGAAUGAAGAUGGCUUCGUUGCGACAAAUGUUGCUGAUAAUGCUAAAGCUUAUGGAACCGUCAAUAAACCUAUAUCCAUUACUGCCUUGAGUAAAUCUAGCAUGAUUGUUACUGAUAGAGACGGUAUUGAUAAGAACAUUCGUGUGUUGAUCUCUCAAGUUUUGGGGAUUGAACCCAAGACAAAUGUUGUGUCGAAUUCCUCCACAUCCUUGGCCCAACCGGACAAUAAUACUGAGAACCCCAUAAAUAAUCCUGAUAUAAAAAACCUUAUUGAUCAACCCAUUGACAUUGUUAAUAUUGAGGAUUUAGACUCUGAUGAUGUCCCUAUCGGGAAAAGACUGGCUUAUGGCAUAGCUAAAAGGUUGAAGAAUAGGAAAGGUCAAGUUGUUGGGUCCUCCAACGCUCCUUCUAAAUCUGUCAUAAAGAAGGCUAAUGUUGGUCCCACUAAAAGAUGGAGCAAGGUGGUUACUCCUACACCUAAGAAGAAGUCUCUGAAAAGGAAGAAAGUUCCUUCUGAAUCUAGUGAAUCUGAUCAGGAUGUCGAACACAAUGUUCAGGACAUCAUCUCCAACAUUCCUGAAGUUCCACUUGACAACAUCUCUUUUCACUCUGUUGAAAAUGUUGAAAAAUGGAAUUAUGUUUAUCAAAGAAGGUUAGCAUUGGAAAGGAAAUUGAGGAAGGAUGAGUUUGAAUGUAAAAAGGUGUUGAGUCUUAUUCAAGAAGUUGGUCUGAUAAAAACUAUAAUAGGUUUUAGGAAGUGCUAUGAAAUGCUGGUCAAAGAAUUUAUUGUGAACAUCUUCGAAGAGUGUGACAACAAAAGGAGAAAAGAAUUUAGAAAAGUCUAUGUCAGAGGAAGAUGUGUGGAUUUUUCUUCUGAAAUAAUCAACAGGUUCUUGGGAAGAAAUGGAGAAGAACAAGCUGAAAUUAAAGUCUCAGACGAUGUCGUCUACAAAGAGAUAACUGCCAAGCAAGUAAAAGAAUGGCCAAGGAAAGGAAAACUAUCUGUUAGUGACUUGAGUCUCAAGUAUGUUGUUCUUCACAUAAUUGGAGUUGCUAAUUGGGUGCCCACUAAUCACACCUCUAAUAUAGCUAUUGGGCUAGGUAAGUUCAUGUAUAUUGUUGGGACCAAGUCAAAUUUUGAUUUUGGGUCUUAUGUUUUUUAUCAUACUAUGAAACAUGUUGCAUCUUAUGUUGUUAAACUGCCUAUAGCUUUUCCCUCUUUGAUUUGUGGAGUUAUCCUAAGUCAACACCCCAACAUAUUGAUCAAUUCUGACAGUACUUGCAAAAGGGACCCUCCUCUCUCAUUGCAUUAUAGAUUGUUCACUAGGAAACAUGUCCUAGACAUUGUCAUGACAUCUGGACAUACGUCUUCAAGGUCCACUAACAGGACAAGCAUUCUUACUAAGCUGAAAGACACCUGCAAGACUUUGGAUAAGACUAUAAAAAGUUGUACUAAAAGGAAAGGCAAACUUGAAAUGUUGAUUAAGGCUCUUUCUGAAGAGAAAGGUGGUGAGAAAACUGAUAGAACUGAUGAGGAAGAGGAUAAUGAAGACAUAAUUGUUACUAGUGAUGAGGAAGAGACUAGCAAUGUGUAG